GUGUCGGUCGCUUUAUCGGAUGGGAGGCGUCACAUUUUUGGCUCGAACCGGCAGCAUUUAAACAAUAAAACGAUUUACGAGUACGUGGGAAUACUUUUUUUUUAAUGCCGAGAAACGGAAAUGAAGAGAACGAUUAGAAAUUGUUUGUCGAACGGGUCGCUUUAUGGAUAUAUUUGCUGUGAAUGACAUCUGACUGUACUGUAACAGGAAAUUCGUCAUCUAUAAAGCUUUGAUGGCUUAAUUCUAUUCUUGGCUGUGCAGUGAAGAGUGGAUAUAUUUAUUAAUUACCUUUAUGGGUUUCUUUAUGCUCACAUCCGUGUGACUGGAAACGGGGUGACCGGUGAAUGGAAACAAUUGCAUUUGUUUGAGUCCCUGCAAAGUCAAGGAGAUAUUCAGUACUGAAAUAUCCGGUGCUACUCACCUUCAGCCUCAUUAUGAAACAUAAUACCUCUUAAAACAUUGGAAUCAGUCGUGCCAUAAUCCGGAAUGAUCGUAUAGAAACCUCUAAAAGUGGAACAAGAGAUCCGUUUCUGGCUGAAGGACUCAGUUGCUCCAGAUGCUGAGGACCACCAUGGGUUCCGUGGAGGAAAGGGAUGAGGAGCAGGAGGACGAAGGGGAUGAAGAGUUGAGGGACGGAGGGGUGCCUUUCUAUGUGAACCGAGGUGGCCUCCCAGUGGACGAGGAGACGUGGGAGAGGAUGUGGCGCCAUGUGGCUCGGAUCCACCCGGACGGGGAGGCCGUGGGGAAGGGCAUCCGUGCUGCCACUGACCUACCCAAGAUUCCGAUUCCGAGUGUGCCUACAUACCAGCCUACCACCCCGGUCCCGCAGCGCCUGGAAGCCAUACAGAAAUACAUCAGGGAAUUGCAGUACAAUCACACCGGGACGCAGUUUUUUGAAAUAAAGAAGAGCCGGCCUCUUACGGCGUUGAUGGACAUCGCCAAGGAGAUGACGCGUGAAGCCCUGCCAAUCAAAUGCCUGGAGGCAGUGAUCCUGGGGAUUUACCUCACCAACAGCAUGCCAGGCGUGGAGCGUUUCCCUCUCAGCUUUAAGUCUCACUUCUCAGGGAACCACUUCCACCACAUUGUGCUCGGAGUCCACAGCGCCGGGCGUUUCGGCGCGCUGGGCAUGAGUCGCCGUGAGGACCUCAUGUUCAAACCCCUGGAGCAUCGGACACUUCUGGACUUGGUACAGGACUUCGAAGGAGCCUACAGGGGUUACUGGCACACGCUUCAAAAGGUGAAGAUCGGCCAGUAUGUGUCGCACGAUCCUCACAGCGUGGAGCAGAUCGAGUGGAAGCACUCGGUGCUGGAUGUGGAGAAACUGAGCAAGGAGGAGCUGAGGAAAGAGCUGGAGAGACACACUAGAGACAUGAGGCUCAAGAUCGGAAAAGCGACGCCGUCUUCUCCCACCAAAGACAGGAGAACCAGCAUGGGCUCGCCCCUCAGAGGACCAGGAAGCCCCUUUCGCAGAAUCAGCCGUGUUGAGAGACGUCCCUCUGGAGAGAAAGCGGCAUUGGAACAGAAAGCAUCCGGAGACAUGAGCGCGUAUCAGAUUCGGGUGUGAAUAAUAAUAAUAAUAAUUUUUUUGAGGGUUUAUUCAAUGCCUUGUUUUUUUAUUUACAAGGUCGAUAAAGAACCAGCGACCUACACAUAUAUGCACGCACUCAAUGUCACACAGUCAUCAGGGUUGUUUUUUUUUUUUUUUUUUUUAUCUAUUUCAUAAGCAUCGGUGCUGGAGAUGUUCCCAAAUGUGAAAUAUUGUGUAAACAAUGUUAUCAUUUUUUACUAACUAGCUGUACUGUACUGUAGGGAAAUACUGUAUUUUAAUUCAUGUUAUAUAUAUCGAUCUGUGUCAUUUGAAUGUUAGUAUGUGUUGUUUCCCCGUCCAAUCAGAUACUGUACUAAAAAAACCCCUGUGCCUUGGAUUUAGAAUUCAUAAUUUUUGGGAAAAACAUGAUCACAAAAAGAAUCAUAAUCCUCACUGAACUGAACACAGAAUAGUUAUUGCAUUAUUGUGUAUGAAAGUGUUUUAUAAUUUAUCACAUUUGAUAUUAGUAGUGCAUUUUCAUAUCUUAUUUAGUAUAAAUAUACAGUAAGAUGUCAAUUAUUGAGUUAUGCAAAUCAGCAAAGCAGCAUUUAGCACACCGGAUGCAAAUUAAUAACUGUACUUGUAUAGAAAUUGCAUUAACUUUCAUUUGUAGCAACUAAAUUCAGUUGUCACUUGCCUUAAAAAAAAAAAAAAAAAGUUUGAAAAACCGAGGUGUCAGUGUUCGUUCGCAGCACUUUUUGACUUUGUAUUUAUCAAAAAUGAACACUUGUGUUUUAUACUGCACUCCCCCCCCAUGCAUCUGUAAACUACUGCAUUUUUUAAAACUCACAAUUACUAAUAAAUUGGCGCAGACUACAUGUUUGCAACUUGUGUGAAUCCGGGUCAUUGCUUUGUGUGAGUGACAAGAAGAAAAGCUCCGACUUGUAA